AUGGAUUACCGUGGAAAUGUUAGAAGAAAUGAAAAUCCCAGAGAAAAAGCUAAUCUGAUGUCUUUGAUAACUUUCUUGUACACUAGAAGACUUUUUUUCCGGGGAUUCAUACAAGAUCUGGAAGAGGAUGACAUAUAUGAAGUCAUCAAGACGUGCAAAUCAAAAAACUGUGGAGACAGUAUACUUGAACCAGAAGCCAUCUCCAAACUAGUCGGGUACUUCAAACCUGGUCAAACACACUUGACAACACAUGAUGCAAUUGUUUGGACUGGCGUUAUGAUCGGCCUAAAGUUGCUGCACUGCCUCUACUUCCAAAAUUACCUCAUCUACAUCAACCAACUUGCAAUCCAAAUCCGAACAGCUUACUGCUCACUUAUAUACAGAAAAUCUCUCAAGUUGAGCCCAGCAGCACUCGAAAAAGUUAGUUCAGGAAACAUUGUUACAGUCAUCACCAAGGAUGUUCUACAACUGGAGACCUCUAUAUGGCUGUUCAACGAUCUCUGGAUAGCAUUUAUUCAAACGAUAGUUUUGUGCUAUUUGAUCUAUAAUCGGAUUGGGAUGCCAUCUCUUGUAGGGAUAAUGUUCCUCAUCGGAGCAAUACCAAUACAAGUGUUCAUUGGAAAUCGAAUAAAGAACUUGAGGAUGAAAAUGAAUAAGAGGACUGAUGAACGAUUACAAGUUACACAAGAAAUGUUGUCGACAAUAAAGAUUAUAAAAAUGUACACAUGGGAAACAUUCUUUGCAGGAAAAAUAGAUGUUGCUAGACGGAAGGAAUUGAAGAUACUAAUGAAGAACUAUCUAUUGAAAAUCGUUCUGAUCAUCUCAAGCCUUUUCGUUGCUAACAUUGGUUUUUAUGCUCUUAUCAUGAUGUACAUCUGGAUGAACACAAACAUCAGCGCAGAAGAUAUCUUUUACAUAAUGAGAGUAUAUUCAAUGUUGAAGUAUGCUGUAGCAUUAAACGUGUCAGUUGGAUCUACCAAGAUGGCAGAACUGGUGGCAUCAUUCAACCGAAUCGAUGCGAUCAUCAAGCAGGAAGAACUUCCAGUUGAAUUGGAAAUACAUGAAGAGAAGCCAGAAAUCGAUCUGACAAACGUAUCUCUCCGAUUAGGAGGAAAGCAAAUCUUAAGGAGGGUCAAUAUAAAAGCGGUAACGGGACUGACAGUUAUAACUGGUCAGCUAGGAUCGGGAAAGAGUUCUCUGAUAAAAAUAAUACUGAAAGACUACCUGAUCGAUGAAGGCAAAUUGAAUAUCAAAGGCACUAGAAGCUAUGCCUCACAAGACCCUUGGUUAUUUCCAUCAUCAAUCAAACAGAAUAUAUUGUUUGGGCAGAAAUAUGACUAUAGAAGAUAUCAAACGGUUGUUGAAGUUUGUGCUUUGAAGUACGACUUCAGUAUCUUGAAAAACGGUGACGAGACUAUUGUGACUGAUCGAGGAUUGAAUUUGAGCAGAGGACAACAGGCGCGAAUUAAUCUAGCCAGGGCUAUUUAUAAAGAAAGCGACAUCUAUCUCAUAGAUGAUGCCCUAUCAGCUCUCGAUAUACGAGUGCAAACCCAAAUCUUCAGAGAUUGCAUCAAGGGUUUCUUGAAAGACAAAUUGGUGAUAUUGGUAACACACAACAAGAAACACAUUCAAUCUGCUGAUGAAUUAGUAGUCUUGGAAAAUGGCACUGUGAAAUUCAACGGAGAUCAGCAAGAUCUAUCUGAAGAUCUCAUACGAGUACUUGAACACGAGGACCCAAACAUGGAAUUGGAAAAUGCUGAUGAUAAUUCACUGAAUGAUGAGAAAACAAGACUCUUGGAUGACCUGAUAGGAGUUGAGAAGAAGCAAGUCUAUUUCGAAUCAAAAAAAGCAGGAGGUGUGGAUUUUGGAGUCUACAAAAAAUACAUGAAAUAUGGAGGUGGCGUGUUUUUCUUGAUAUUCAUAUUCACAAUGUUCAUCGCUUCAACGUUGAGUGAGAGUUCCUCUACGAAAAUGUUGAGCAAUUGGGUGAAUCAGAAAACAGUGAUAUCUGCGAUAGAAGAUGAGGGUGAUUAUACUAUUUCGAAUUUAUCUACACAAGGGUCUAUCAUUCUGGAUGGUUCAAACAAUAUCACACAAACAACAGAUCUCCUGAAAAAAACAUGGGUCGACUCGAAAAAACUAGAAAAUGAAGCUGCAGGAACACUCAACAUGUAUUCUAUUUUAAUGGUAGCGACGAUGUUAUUAGAACUGUUGAAAUUCUACCUAGUUAUGAAAUUUGCUGCUAAUGCAUCGAUCAGGAUACAUAAUGAUAUGAUGCAGAACUUAGUGAACUCAGUCAUGGGAUUUUUCGACAACUGCUUCAUAGGAAAUAUUCUCAAUCGAUUCUCUCAGGAUCUCAGUGUGAUAGAUGAGCAUCUAGCACUCGCUCUGAGCUCACUGUUUGGGAUCAGUUUUGCUCUAUUUGGGACCAUCGGACUGAUAGCAUCAGUCAAUUGGAAAUUUAUAUAUCCAUCCAUUGCCCUCCUGGCGGUAUUGGUAGUUCUUCGCAUGAUAUAUAUUCCCACAUCAAGAAGUUUGAAGAGACUUGAAGCUGCGACAAGAAGUCCUUUGGUUGGACAUCUUAAUUCAUCCAUAGAAGGACUAACAACCAUCAGAGCCUUCCGAGCACAAAAUAUACUGAGAGAUGAAUUUGACAGACAUCAAGAUUUGUACACCAGUGCUCAUUAUACCUCGAUGUGUUCUAGAACGGCUUUCUCAUUUUAUAUGGACUUCUCAGCUUGCCUCUACAUUUCAUUCAUAAUAUCCAGAUUCCUGUUAUUUGAGAUAGAUACUGCGGCAGGUGACGUUGGCCUCACUAUAACUCAAGCUGGCAGUUUGAGUAUGGUCGUUCAAAUGGCCAUGAUGGUAUGGUCAGAGGUAGAAAACUUGAUGACAUCAGUAGAAAGAGUUCUGGAAUACACAAACUUGAAUCCUGAGGAGAAAACUGGUCUUGAAAUCUCCGAAUGGCCACACAAGGGAGAAAUCAACUAUGUCAAUGUGAAUCUAUCAUAUGAAGAAAACGAUGAGAAAGUUCUCAAGAAUAUAAACUUCACUGUGAAAUCGAAGCAGAAAAUCGGAAUCAUCGGUAGGACAGGUGCAGGGAAGUCUUCAAUCAUAUCUACACUGUUCCGACUAUACAAUUUCGAUGGGCAGAUUUAUAUUGAUGAUGUAGAAACGAAAACAUUGUCUUUGACAUUUUUAAGACGUCACAUCUCCAUUAUACCCCAAGACCCUAUCACUUUUUCUGGAACAGUGAGGCAAAAUAUCGAUCCCCUCGAUGAAUUCACCGAUGACGAUAUAUGGAAGACUAUACAAAAACUGAACUUGAAUAACAUUAUUCCUAAUCUAGAAAUGCGAUUAGAGGACACAAAUCUGAGUUCUGGAGAAAAACAACUGAUUUGUCUCGCUAGGGCGAUAAUUCACAAGAAUAAGAUAGUUGUUCUAGAUGAAGCAACUGCGAAUAUGGAUCCAGAAACAGAGUUCUUGAUCCAAAAAACAAUCGUGGAGAAUUUUUCUGCAUGUACAGUUUUCAUCAUUGCACAUAGAUUGCAGUCAAUCCUAGACUGCCAUAAAGUUAUGGUUUUGGAGAGAGGUGAAAUAGUGGAGUAUGAAGAUCCACUUAUACUCAUGAAUGAUAAGGACAGUAUGUUUUCCCAAAUGUUGAGAAAUGCUGGAAUAGAACAUUGA